ACCUGGGCCAUCACCCGGUGGACAGCGAGUCGCCUCCCGUGCCUUUGCCACCCAACGUGGCCCCGGAGGACGUCGAUGAGAUUACCUUGGAAGACAAAGAAGGCCACGAGAUCCCCCUGCACAGACCCCAAGAUGUGAGGCGGUCCUUAAUAGCCAACCACCACACACACAUAGACAGAGACACACAGAUGCAAAGCCCCUUCCCUGGCUCACCAUCCCUCGAUUGACUCGAUGGCUGGCUGUCUGUCUGUGGCUCGUUGGUUGGUUGGUUAGUUUGACAUCGUCGAUGGAGAGAUCGUGAUAAAGCAGCCCAAUCCGAAAGUGCCGCCGGGUGAUUACGACAUUUCCCUCCCGCCCAAGCCAGAAGUGGGCAAGCCGAAUGAAGAGCUACCGGAAGAGGAGCAGAGUCUAGGAUCGGCAACGCCAGAAACGAAUGGACUGCUCGUCAUUUCAGUCCCGCCCACAGUGGACAUCAUGAGAAUAAAGAGAAUAGAAAGCUUUGUACUACGAGAGGAAGGAAGUCGUGAGUCUUUCAAAUGCAAAAUGGUAAGUACUCUCUUUGUAUGGGCAUACAGUGCUAUAAUUUGUGUACCCGCAGAUGUCUUCUGAGAAGAAAUACGAGGGUGAUGUUGUCCGUCGAAUAGCCAAUCUGAGAGACGAACGAAUCCACUCAGGGCGUCGUUAUUUUGUGACGGUCCUCUAUCUUCCCAUGCCGACAGCUCCGCCAGUCCCUGAAAAGAAGAGUCCUGAUGAAAAAGAAGAAGAUCGCGUGAUCGAUGACUUUGACAAAUCCAAGGAGGAGUUGGAGGAGAAGCUUGAAGAUACAUUAGAACGGUUGCCUGGUGAUGUCCUGGACAAUCUCAAUGGUACGGAGGGUGCAAGGGAUGUAAUUGAGGAUGAAAUCGAGCCUGACGAAAGCCGAAAGCUCCGAGCGCCUAUCCCUCCCAACACUAGUUCCAAGAUUAUCAAAUACGUUUGGUUGACGCCAGAAGGAGAAAGCGAGGAAGCAUCAUUUCGAGUGACACCGGUAAAGCAGGAAUUAUGAAGAUACACGACUCAUCUGGCGAUUGGCUAUUAUGUAUGUGCAGUUUGACUUUGAAAAAGAGGGCGAUGUGACCUACGUGAUCUUGCUUGAUGAUCGUAUAGAAGAAGACAUCACGUACAAGGCUCGUAUCCAAUUCAAGACCAUUCAAGAGCUUCAAGAGGAGAAAAGAGAAAAAGACCUUAGCAAGGAGCUCGACGAAAAGCCUCAGCCUUCGCCUGAGCCGGGGACCAUAAGCCUUCAAGUGCCAAAGAGUGUGGCACGUAAGAUUGCCAGCUUCAUCCUCUUUCCACAGGGAGGGGAGCUUCCCUUUGUCGUUACCAAGGUCGCCUAUAAUUGGCACAGUGAAUCUGCUGAUUUGGAAACACUAUUGUUAUGUCCCGGCAGAUUCGAACGGAGAAUGGCACCACAGAAGACAUGGUGACACUAGUCCUGGAGAAUGAGAACAUUCGCAAGGGGGCGGCCUACAAUGCCAAGCCUAUUUACAAGUCUCCAAUCCCUCCAGACCAAGGUAUGAUACAUCAUCGAGAAGGGUACAGGGUUGAGAUGUGGCAAUUUGUCAUACGUUACCAGAGGACAUCAAAGAGAAGCAUCCACAUCCUCCUGGCGGGCCUCUGCCUGAAGAGCCUUACUAUGAAGAAGACGUAUACAAAGAGGGAGUGGCCGAAGAAGGCAAAGCGACAUUUAAAAAGGAUCAGAGGCUCAUGGGCAAAGAGGACAGUAUCAUCUCAUGGAGAGCGCACCCUGUCGAUGCAACCGGAGCCGCAGAUCACUAUACUCAGCCUAUUGUUUCAAAAGAUGUAUGCAGGAUUGAGAAUCUACGGUUUCAAUGUGCUCUCACAUCUCUUUAGCCUUACCUGCUUUUCAGUUCGUUUAUGAUGACGUGAGCUUCACAGUGUCCUCGACGCACCUGAAAGACGGCGUCUUUUACCAGUUUCAGCCGGGAUUCAGAGAAAAACCAGAGGAAGCCCCGAGUCCUCUUCCACCCGAGGAGAUGGAGGGCGGCGAGGGUGAAUCGAAGACAAAGGGCGUCCUUGAGGUUCCUCUGCCGCCCGGAGUGCAGCCCAACACCAUCGACAACGUUGUCCUCACACCCAUUGGCGGCAAGCAACAGCCGUUCACAGUCAAGAAGGUAUGUCUGUGUCUGCAUGUAUACGUCUACGUAUUCUGGCCAGCCUGCUGGCUCGAUAGGGGCUCGAUGCCUGCCUGGCUGAGAUAGGGACGACAGGCAGAGAGAGCACGGAUGGACGUUCUUGCCUGUCUGUCUGUCUGUCUGUCUGUACUGUUUGGCUGUGUGUGUAUGUAUGGCUGUACAUGUGUUUGUGUCUACGUGUACAUACGCGUGUCUGUUUGUGUGUGUGUGUGUGGCUGAUGAGCGCAGUUCUCGGUGAGUGUGUCGCGGCUGACGAUCACGCUGAACGAUAAUCGCAUCGAGAGCGGCCAGCGGUACUCUUCGCGAUUGGUAUUCAAGCAAGGAACGGGGCCACCUCCAACUGAAGACGUCCCGGGGCCACCUUCUCAACCGACCGACACAGGGAAGCUGAGAGUCACCUUGCCUUUCACUCUCGACACCUCCACGGUCCAAGGCAUUGCCCUGACGCCCAAGGACGGCACCAAGAAGUUCACAGUCACCAAC